UCGAGGGGGGAAAGUUCCAGGGGUGGAUCCUGCGCACACACACACGCACACACGCAUGCACAUACACUCUGCCCGACUGCUGCCCUCGGAAAAGGCUUCGCUCUUUUCUCUCCGAUCCCUUUCCAAAAUUUCUCCCGAAAGUUUCGAUUUCGCGUCUCUCACGCUUCCCCCCUCCCCUCCACCACCACCACUGCCGCCGCAGCCUCCGGCAGCACCUCCCUCCCCCGGCCGGUCCCCGGCCCGCGUUGGGGCAUGCCUGCGAGCAUGUUCAGCAUCGACAACAUCCUGGCGGCCAGACCUCGCUGCAAGGACUCGGUGCUGCUGCCCCCGAGCGCCGCGCCCGUCGUCUUCCCCAGCCUGCACGGGGACUCCCUCUACGGCGCUGCCUCCGACUACGGAGGAUUUUACUCCCGGGCUGUGGCUCCCGGCUCGGCGCUGCCGGCGGUCGGCGGCUCCCGUUUGGGCUACAACAACUACUACUACGGGCAGCUGCAUGUGCCCGCAUCUCCCGUGGCCCCGUCGUGUUGCGGGGCCGUGCCGCCGCUGGGGGCCCAGCAGUGCUCCUGCGUUCCCCCAGCAGGUUACGAGGGCGCUGGGUCGGUGCUGAUGUCCCCUGUUCCCCAUCAGAUGUUGCCCUACAUGAACGUAGGCACUUUGUCCCGGACGGAGCUGCAGUUACUCAACCAGCUGCACUGCCGGCGGAAAAGACGGCACCGGACUAUCUUCACUGACGAGCAGCUCGAAGCGCUGGAAAACCUCUUCCAGGAAACGAAAUACCCGGACGUGGGCACCAGGGAACAGCUAGCGAGGAGGGUGCAUUUAAGAGAGGAAAAAGUGGAGGUUUGGUUCAAAAACCGCCGGGCGAAAUGGAGGAGGCAAAAGCGGUCGUCUUCUGAGGAAUCGGAAAAUGCACAAAAAUGGAAUAAAGCAUCUAAAACGUCUCCGGAGAAGAGGCAAGAAGACGGGAAAAGCGAUUUGGACUCCGACAGCUGAUGCCGCGCAGGGGGACGCUCCCCGUGGACUGUAGGAUACGCUCCAGAGGAUGCUACUAUCUUGCACAAGCUCUGCCUUGUCGGAGGGGAAAACUAUCUGUAUAUAAUGUACAAUACCCCGAGUCGUAUUUCGUGUAAAUAAAAUGUGUUGCGGAGGUGUUGCACAGGCAGCCGGUGCCGGGUCCGUGCCGCGGG